AUGAUGUCUCAUACCCUCUAUGUGUACUCUUUGUUUCUAGAUUUUUCACAUUGCUCCCUCUUUUUUUUCGAAAUAAGUGAUUUCUCCUCACAAGUCCUAUAG